AGAGAGAAGAGAGAGAUUUCGUCCGAUGAGCUAGAAAGUAGAAACUUGGGGUCGGAGUCUUGGACCGAGCAAGGGAGGAGGAGAGGAUUGUCUUGAACCUCUAAAUCAAUGCAUGGUGGCGGCGGCGAUCUUCAGUGAUGGUAAGCGGCAGGGGGAGGACCGCUUUCAGGUCUUCCUCUUCCAGGGUGGCCCUUGCGCUGAAGAAGGCGCCGGCCUUCUUUCUGCUGUUUAUUGUCAUUUCCUCCUCUGUCGCCUUCCUCCUCGUGGUCUCCGUGUUGCAGAAGCAGAAUGUUCCUGAUCUCCGGGAUGCCCGCUCCAACCAGGGACAGAAUGUCUUCCACGAGGACGGGGAAGAGUGGUUAUGGAGGGUUCCCCUCAGUCGGAAGCUCCGUCCAUGUACCAAACCUACACGGAGUUAUACAGCUCCUGAAGAUUGGGAUAGAUACAUAACCGUGAGAAGCAAUGGGGGAUUAAAUCAAAUGCGCACCGGGAUAUGUGACAUGGUUGCUGUGGCCCGGAUGUUGAAUGCUACACUCGUAAUUCCUCAGCUGGACAGAAAGUCCUUCUGGCAAGAUUCAAGUUCUUUCUCAGACAUUUUUGAUGAAGAACAUUUCAUUGCAACCCUGAAAGGAGAUGUUAGAAUUGUCAAAGAGCUACCAAAAGAGUUGGAAUCUGUUCCCAAGGCCAGGAAGCACUUCACCUCUUGGUCUUCUAAAAGCUAUUAUGAGGACAUAGCACAGCUAUGGAAAACGUACAAGGUCAUUCAUGUCCCAAAAUCUGAUUCACGGCUUUCAAACAAUGACGUGCCACUUGAUAUUCAAAGGUUGCGCUGCCGUGCAAUGUAUUAUGCCCUCCGCUUCUCUCGUCCCAUUGAGGAAAUAGGAAUGAAGCUGGUGGAACGCUUGAGGUCGCAUGGGAAAUAUAUUGCCCUUCACCUGCGAUAUGAAAAGGACAUGCUGUCUUUUACUGGUUGUACUUAUGGCUUAACUGAUAAUGAAGCUAAAGAACUGUCAAUAAUGAGGCAGAAUACUAACCAUUGGAAAACGAAGCAGAUAAACUCAACAGAGCAGAGAAUUGGAGGCAACUGUCCACUUACCCCCAAGGAGGUUGGGAUUUUCCUGCGAGCUCUGGGGUAUCCUUCAUCUACUUUGAUAUACAUUGCUGCUGGUGAGAUAUAUGGUGGAGAUAGACACCUUGCGGAGUUAAAAUCUUACUUCCCAAACCUAUAUUUCAAGGAAACAGUGGCAAUGCCUGAAGAACUGGAAGUAUUUGCAAGUCAUGCAUCUCAGACUGCAGCUAUAGAUUACAUUGUAUCUGUUGAAAGCGAUGUGUUUGUACCUUCAUAUUCAGGAAACAUGGCAAGAGCAGUUGAGGGUCAUCGCAGGUUUUUAGGCCAUCGCAUGACAAUUAGUCCUGACAGGAAAGGACUGGUAGAGCUUUUUGAUAAGACAGAAGCUGGAGAGCUCAAAGAAGGACCCUUCUUUUCAUCACUUGUGAGUCAGAUGCAUAAAUCUAGACUUGGUACACCCAGAGAAAGAAAAGGCCCCUUGCCUGGAGUUAAAGGUCGAGCACGGCUUCGCACUGAGGAAUCAUUUUAUGAGAAUCCUUUUCCUGAAUGCAUCUGUAAGACGGGUCACACACACAUGGCUUAAGAAUUGGUGAAUGCAGUAGGAUUAGUUCCGAAUCACAGCAUAUCGUGGUCUAUAAGUGGGUUUUUUGAUUCUUGAUGCCUGAGAAGAGAAAUAUGCACGUCGAUUGUAAUUGAAAACCUGUCUUUUAUGGGGAUCUAGCAAGUUAUUCUUGGAAGUUUUGUAUUCAUUACUUGGAAGUCAAAAUAUGUGAAUAGUCUUAUAACUAUUCAUUAACUAACUGCAUCAAGUUACAGAAAUGUGAAGUUCAGAGGAAGCCGUUUUUGUUGUACAUUUUCAGAUAACAUUGUUGCACUUGCUUACUGAAGCAGCUUAUAUAGUAAGUAGCAUGUUUUCAA